GUUCGGUCGUCUUAAAAAUUGUUUGUGAUUCAUCGAUUUUUUGUGCCUAAAGUCGACGAAAUUUCAUAAAAUAGGCAUCUUUAUUUCAAAAUUCCUGUAUCCAGUGAUGAUAAAUUCCCAAUACUGGUAGAAGACGAGGCAAGAUGGCUGGACGAGACCCUAUUCGAUCUCUCUCCUGGUACGAAAUCUACGAGUGGACAUUCAAAGGCGUGGAUCACACCCUACCCGGAAAUGGCGGCCCAGAAUGUGUGAACUUCAUCAGUCUCGCGCAACGAAUCACGGAGAGUGUACUAAUGGGCAUACUGGGACUUUUCGAAGCCUAUUGUGCGCUGAAACGAGUUAAAUUACCAAAGACCCUCAAACCAGAGUCCAGCGACUGGGUAGGGCGACGAGUACUUUUGAUGAUGAUGUGUCUGACAUUCGGUGUGGAACUUGGAUUCAAAUUCGCCACCAAGCAGUUGAUUUAUAUUCUCAAUCCUUGUCACUUGGUCAGCAUGAUUCAGAUAUUCCUGUUGUCCGCGCCAGCCAAUCAGUUCACAACAUUCAUGUUCCGAUUACAUAUGCAUAUGUUAAAUGGAGCGCCCCUUGCCAUGAUCUUCCCUGUCAUCAAUACAAGAUUACUUCCCUGUGAAACAGGCGUGUACUAUAUCCAGCACGUCCUCAUACUUGUGAUACCAUACUUUCUGUUAAGGCACGGGGGCGUGUACACCGUGGAGCCGUUGUUUGACUUCAACUGGUGUUUACUCUCGAGUGGUUUACUCUUCUCCUAUCAUUUUGUGCCGCUACACUAUCUGGCUUUUAACACGGAGGUUAAUUUGAACAAUAUGCUGUGUCCAGCUAUAUCGGAUCCAUUUUAUGGGAAAUAUUACAGAAUAGCAGCGGUUUGUCACCAGGGGCUCCUCCUAAUGAUCCACGGAAAGAUAUACACGUUACUUUGCAGUAGUGUCGUACCCCUGCGGAAAAACUUAUUCCCAUCAGACGAUAAAAGUGUCGCGGUCACAGGUGACGCCCAAGAACAAAUCGAAGAGGUUAAAGCGUGGGAGCUUUUGUGCAAUCUGAUAAAGCCAUCGCCGGAGAGUACCGCGCCGUCAACGGAAAAUAACCACAAUGCAACGGAGAGGCAUGGCGCGUCGAACAAUAUCGAUGCGAAAAACAAUAUAUCGGAGAACGUAAACGGUCAUGCCAAGAUUCACUAGUUGUAUUCUUUAUUAACCCUUUGUGGUAUUUUGUUAUUGUGUUGUGAGAGAUUUGUCAAAAGUUUGAGAUUUGAACUUCUUGUGUGGAGUGGUUGAGAUACUUUAUAAUAUUCAUGUACUUCUGUUUUUGGAGAGUGUAUUGCACAGCACGAACAAGGGAUGUUUCCUAACUUAUAAUUCGUGGUUUUCAAAGCUUUUUGAAUGAUUUAGGUGAACGAAAUCAAUUUUUUCUAAAACUUCAAUAGCAGGGAAUGUCAGGUUGCAAUUUGUGCUUGCGGCAACAUUGAAGUAGAGUUGAAGUAUCAUGCAGAUCAUUGCUAGUGACUGUAUGGCUAAAUUGGGUUUAUGUCAUUAUAUGGACCCUAUGCAAUUAUAUUGAUUCAUAGGGCAAGUUUAGCCCCUAAUUGACCACUGGUGACCAGAAAUGGCAAUGAGAGCAUACUUUCUCAACCUACUGCUGGUCAAAUCAGCGUUGUAAAUUCCCUGCUAAAAAAGUAACUUAAGAUGCACUAUGAACAACAUGGAAUACUGUGAUACUGUGUUAACGCCAUUAAGUCGGUUGUGUCUCACAUUGCAUGUACAUGUAAAAUAGGGCUUUUGUACAGGCACCCGUUGACUAGCUUAAUUGCGUCAACACAGUUUUUCCAAUCGUAAACAAAGAAGUCACACUGAGUACAUGUACACAUGUAGAUAGGUCAGGUUUUUUGCACCAUAAUGACAAAACUCACAAAAUUGUAAAUAUCCAUUUCAUCCAUUCUUGACAUACAGUUCAAUUCCUACCAUUCCAGCGUGACUUUAUAAUGUAGAUCAUCAUGAAAGUAAUGCCUAGGUAUUCUUUGAGGUGUGUAUUUCAUGAGAAUUAAGACACUUUAAAAUUCUUUUUUUUAGUGUGUUCCUGUUCUAGUUUUUAGCCAGUGAACACGAAGGUUACUUAAACAUUGUAUACCCCAGUUCAAUUUCGUGCAAGUUUAUCAGGAAUCUUUUGCAGGUUAUUUCCAGUAUUUCGAAUAAGGUCAAUAUAUAUUGUUGAAUGGUGAGAUGAGCGAGUACUAGAUCUCGUCUGGUGGUCAAAGUCAAUCAAGCCAAAAUGCUUUUCUGAUUUCAACUUUUUGCUUUCAAAGAUAAUUCUGGCGCAUUCUUGUUGUGUGUUGAGCCCCCCACAAUUCUAGUCGCUGCGACAUAUCCAUGAAAACAUGAUGAUUGUGGUUCAGACGCAGUCACUGACUGGUUAAAUGCGAUCGCUCGUCAUUUUGUCAUUGCUCAAUUGCCGGGACUAAAAUCACCAGUUUUUAAAGACUAUUGCUUGACACAGCGAAGAGUAAGAUUCUUCGAAACUACCACAGAAGCGAUCAACUACCAACACGCCAUCUAUCAGUAGGCAGGAAAACUACGUAGCAGACAAUCUCUUCAAUGAAACUCAGUAAAUAGCGCAUAAGGUGCUCGUCGCCAGUAGUCCUCCGAUGUAUUUUGCAGGAAAAGGGUAAAAUAUCUGGUUGCCAGGAUGCAACCUCAACUCUAAAAGAAGUCGCCCACCUUUAAAUGAGCUAAUCUCUGACAACGGGGCUAUUGAUAAAUUAUUACUCUUGCUACUUGGCGAAACGUUCCAACUGAGAACUAUCCAAAGAUUUUUUUCUCUUUAUUACAGACAUUGCAAUAGGCCAAUAUGGGUGAAAGCAAUAGUAUACUAAGUCAUGUGCUUAUGCAUUUCUAGUAAUAUGUGCUUACUGUUGUAUGCCCAAAAACUUGUCUCCGUCUUUCUGCACUUGUUCAUAUAUUUCAAUGCUAAAAUCUUGUUGCUUUCUAAAUUUGUUGUCCAUUUUGUCAAAGAAUGAUGCAGUCUGGUGUCCGGAACUUAUACAUAAUCCACUAUAAAAUAAAAACAUCACAACCAAGGUGUUUUAGAAUAUCCCUCUAAAAUCUUUUCUCUACAUUUAUUGUACAUUCCAUAAAAGUUUGGACCAUUUGUUUCAUUUGGUAGAGAGUAGAUCCUGUAUUGUUUUGACCCAUUUAUCUCAGAUACUGGUCUGUUAAUUUGAAGUAACUUCCCCCUUGCCUUGUUCAGGCUUGUUUCUCAGGCAUUAAGCUUCAUUUCCACAACAGCGGGAAGAGCCAGCCAACGUGGGAAAUUGCAGAUUUUUCACAGGCGUUGGAUUAGAUUUGAUGUAAGUUAUUGGCACGGCAAUUGUAUCCGACCACAAACCCUGUGGAACGCGAGAAAGUGAUGCGGCUUCCCGCAAAAAUGCGCUGCGGUUUUCCGCUGUGAUCAAAUCACUUGUUACAUCAUAUAAAGCAUUUCUAUCCUAGUCAGUAGUCCAAGAGAUCACAUUUCCAAUAUUUCCUUUUUAAGUCCCAAAAGCUGUCAAUAUUUCACUGCUUACCUGAAUUUACUUAAUAAUUGAGCAAUUAAGUCAUUACAAUCAAGUCAAAUGAACAUGAUAUUAUUGUCUUUGGAGGUUUUUUUGUGAAAAAGAGUGAGACUGCCUUUUGUUGGUUUUGUGUUGCAAUUUCUUCUGCCUUUUUUGAAGUGUGAGUUGCAGUUGUAAGCAUUUUCUUAAAUCAGUAUUCUUAUUAGCUUUUCUAACACAGCUUAAUAUUUUGUAGUUGUUACGUAUAUCUAAUCAUUAAACUUUUUAAAAGCAAAGAAUUUUGGUUGAAAAAAAGUGAUAAGUAUAACAGUGAUAUCUAACUUAAUUGUUAAUGAAAAGAACAUGUAUGCUAAGAGCUACAUCAGCAUUCGUGGUUUGGAAAGGGCAUUUUUCAAUAGCCUUUGAUGAACAGUAUCUAAAAAUCGUAUUUAGCGAAGUAUUUCUCUUGCAUGCCAGUUGCAAAAACUAGUCUUGCUUGUUACCAUAGUAAAAGAUGUACAUGCUUAGGUUUAAUUUAUGUCACAUUGCUGAUGUCACUAUGCGUAACCAUGGUAACUGUUGCUAUGCAUUUCCAUGGCAACCACAUGUAACCAUGGUGACUAUUAGCAUGUUCGAUUACUUGCACAGGGCCUACACAUGUAUUUAACGCCACUGCGUUCGUUUACCCCUGUGUGGUGUCACAACUAGUAGUUAGUGAACAAAAUAAGUAAUAAGUAAUUUGUGUUGAUGCAGUCUGUAAAGCUGAUGUGCAAUUUGUGAUGUUAACAUUUCGUCCUAUGCAGCUGAAUUUGUAUUCAUUAUCAUGUAGUCUAGGCCCAAACAGGUGCACCGAAUGCCGGGUUUUAUUACAUACCAUGCAACCUUUCAAACACUUGUCUCCCGAGGAGAAAGGUUAAUAUUCGUUGAAUAAUGGUACACCUGUGAAGGGUUUCCUGCCUGGAUCAUUCUCUUGUUUUCAUAAUCAAUCUUGCCUGGCGGGAAUGCGUGUGAUUUAUGCUAUUGAUAUUUUGUGCAAUAAUCUAUACUGUGCUUUCUUCCGAGUUCUUAUGUUAGGGCAAGUGUGAUUCUGUUUACAAUAUUUGAAAAUCAUGAAAAGGCAUUGUCGCUUUCUUGAAGUAAUCUUACAUAUCCUUUGUCGAGGAACUGUAAAUCUGUGGGGAUUGAGUUUGCGAUAAGUCUAUGACAUUCAAGAGCUGUCGAGGGCAAAAUUACUAUCUCUUCGUAGUAUAUCAUCUUAAUGUUGUCUCGUAUCUAUUUGCAUUGGCUUAUGUGCAGAAACAAUGUACAGUAGAACCUCUCUAUUAAGGACACCCUCGGGACUGACAAGUGCUGUCCUUAAUAGAGAGGUGUCCCAAUUAGAGGUCAAAUUGAAUGGAAAUAACCAAUUUGGGACCAAAACUAGUGUCCUUAAUACAGAGGUUGUCCUUAUUAGAGAGGUGUCCGCUAAGAGAGGUUCUACUGUACUUGCAUGCAUCAGUGAUAUCUUCAUAUAUUCAGUCAUCAAUUAUCAACUUAACUUAUUCAUUGUAUAAAUGCAUUUAAUCUUAGGUAAGGUAAGCUGGCACAAUUAUAGCUCUGGUACAAUCUAGCCAGCUGCUUUCUACACUGUAGGGGUAUAAUUGAAACUUCUUUCCCUUGUAGGAGAGUGGAGUGUCUGUUCAACAGCUGUCUCUCAGUGACUGAGAUCGUUCCAUCCUUGUUUGACCGUAACAAACAUUCCUUUUCUUAUCUCUCAGCCUGAAAUGUCCACUGUGGUGGUUCACAUAUGCAAUAAAGAUUAAAAGUCAGCCAAUUGACGAUUAUAUAGAGUUCAAGUUUUCACAUGUUUGCGUGUCACAGUUCUUAUUUCAUGUGUGACAUAAAGAAUGAACAAGUCAUUUUAAAAGAGCAGGCUACGAUUCACGAGAUCCCUUUUCGCCCUCCUGUUGUGUUUUCAAGCCUAAUUCAGUUUAAAUGAAUCAUGACAAGUGACAACGUGAACCAACUCCAGCCUUAGAGGCUCGUAAAGAGUUUCUUAUGUGCUGUGCAACCAACUUUUACCCCUGGGAUAAGCUGGUGGUUUUGUUCACAGCAUUUUGAUGUUUGUCCUGGCUGAUGUGCCUCCCAGCCUCAAAGAGGAUUUAGUAAAUGAACAAUACAGGCUGUGGAUGUGUGUUUCAUUAGCUCCUUGGUCAAGUAAAGGUGGAAUGGUCUCUGUGUGCUCGUAUGCAUUGCACACUACUGUAAAUUAUACACUUUAUCAAUAAGAUUGUUGUUGAUAAAUGGAAUAAAGUGAUUCAGGUAAA